AUGCUGACGUCGCACUACAGCCAGGUGAGUGCCAUGUUCACCGUGUCACACGAGGUGGUGAACCGUGUCGCGCUAAAUCGAGAAGAGGACAGUCAGUCCGCCUAUCAUGUGGCAAAACGUGAUUACGAGCUGACGCUGAAUCGCAUCUCCUCGCGUCUGCCACCGGCGCCAUCCCAGGCGCAGAAGCAGGUGGUGGACGAAAACGACUUGAGCAUGUACUGUAGCAGCAGCAUGAACGCCGGGAGCUUGGCUGGCACGCAGCGGGAUCGAGAAUGCAUGGGCGAAGAGCUUGACUGCACCGAAAUUGAUGAGGCACUUUAUGCGCGUGUGGUCAAGCGUAAGGAGGAGGACGCGAAGGGUGGACCUUUGUGGAGGCAUGAAUCUUUGCAACCGUUGGAUGUCCUCCUGCACCGUGAGGCGCUUGCCCGAGCUGAUAUUGAGGAUAUCGAGAGCGAAUUCUACCGCCGCAUUACAGGGGAGUUCCGACGUCACUCAUCCUUGUGGAUGAUGGACUUCUUCAACACCGAGCGCCUUGCUCGGAAGGAAGUUGAGAACGUCUGGAUGAGUGAGUCGCUCCCAUUUCUUGAGGUCUGCUCGAUUAAGCAGGUGGAGGCCAUCGAGGACUUGUGGCGCCGCGCCUUUGGCAAGGGGCGGUCACCAGCGGCGAUGCGACGCUAUCGGGAGGAAAACGUGCCUCACACGUUGGACGUGAGACUCUACCACCCGCUGUGGCACUGCUGUAGCACGCUGCGGCGGGAGACACAGGACGAGGAGGAGAUCUCACACCUGUACUUGAAGUUGGGCGAGACGGUGCAGCGUGAUCUCAUUGCGCGUGGCGUCAUGCGGCAUAACGGCCGCACGGGGUUCCUGGACUCGGUGUCGCAUCCCAUUUCGGCGCGUCACUACGACGAGGUGAGUCUUGCGUUCGGGGCCGAGUUCCGUUACCUCGAGUCCUGCGAGGAGACGCAGCGCAUGGCGAUCAUUGAUGCCUUACUCGCCGAGAUGAAUGAAAUAUGUACAAUGACGGCAGUGUAG